ACCCAUUUAUGUACUGCAUUAAGAUUAUCGAAAUUCAAAAAGUUUAAUUUGUCCUAGGAUGUAUUGCUCAUCAGUCGUGCUUGCAACCAUCUAUCUAACAAGGCACUCAGAGUUAGUAUAAGGUCGUUAGACUAAACUGAGCUUUACGUUGCGGUUAUAAAGUAAGUGCAGGCAAAUAAAUUGAAGAACCUAUGCAAACCAAGUUCCUGACGUCACAUCGGGCUCACCACCAUACGUGGCCCGCGACUGCUGCGAUCGGCGGUCAUGCAUUCACUCGCUCGCCCGGCACGACGCCGUGCGCACAUAUCGGUUGACCCUAACAAUCAGUACCUAUUUAAAUACAGUCUUCUCAUCAUACCGAAGUCUUUUAUUAUUCAAGACCACCAGCAGCACACCUGGAGCUUGAUAUUCAAACAUUGGUCCUUCGAAUCAAGGGAAUCGCCGUCUUAUUAAGCUGCGCAUGCCUUCUGUGGACUUUGGACUGGCCGUCCGGACGCGUGGUCGCUGCAACGUGGAAGACACAGAACGACGACGUAACGAACAGUCUACCCAGAGGGUCAUAAUUCUGAGUGAGUCCGUUCCAUUUAUCCCUAUUUCCUGUGUUUUGCCUAUUUCCAUUCCAAGGAUUUAAAUAGUGCUAUACGGAUCAGGCAUGGAUUGAUCUCUUCAUAGUUAUAGCUUAUUCAGUACAUACAUAGCCAAAGUAACAGUAAUUAAAAAUCAUCCAUCAUCACAAAUCACGUUUACAAUUUAUCUAAAAAUCAUAUUGCAUCGAACAAUCUUUGCUAUAAAGUACCUAUAGAUAUUUCUUUUGUUCGCUUAUCGCAUGCUUGAACAUCUGGUUCUUUAAACUGGAAAAACAACUUUAAUAUUUUAUACAAACUGUUUUUAUUGAAUGCAUAUUAGCUAAAUCAGCUGUUAUUUAUCUUCGUCAACUAUUGACGUAUACUAGUACAGGUACUCGUCACUUGCUUACGUUAUUGUUUCUUUGCCUUUUUUUGUAAUUUUAACUCUUUGCUUCAUCUUAAACACCUUUCUGCUUACUCAGUAUGUCCGAUGCAAAGGUUAAGGAGCUGAUAAAGAAGCGUGGCAGCUUCAAAGCCAAGCUUACACAUUUUAGUAACUUUUUAAAAUUUCUGCCUGACACGGAGUUAGACAGUUUUCAAACAGCAGAGCUACAAAGCCGUCUUAGCCUAAUGCAAAUACUUUAUAAGGAGUAUGACGUGUUACAGACCGAGCUGGAAAUAUUGUCGGAGAACGCCGACGACAUGUAUGCCGAAAGGGAGCAGUUCGAGGCGCAGUUCCAUGCGCACGUGGCGCGCGCGCAAACCAUUCUGGUUCCUGUGCGUGCAUCUUCGCCUGCACUCGAGUCUGCCAUUUCCACUGACGCUCUUCAGCACCGCGGACCUGACUGCAGGCACGACUUUGUUCGUCUGCCUAAGAUAGACUUGCCUCAUUUCGACGGGGACUAUCAGCACUGGCUCGAAUUUAGAGAUACGUAUAUUUCCCUAAUCCAUGUUAAUUCCAGCAUACAAAAAAUAAACAAAUUCCAUUAUUUACGUGCAGCCCUAAAAGGUAGUGCAUCUUUAAUUAUAAAAAGCAUUGAUUUUAAAGCUGAUAAUUAUGAUUUGGCAUGGCAAUUGUUGAUCGAAAGAUACAAUAAUGAAAAAAUACUUAUAAAUAAUCACGUGCAGGCAUUAUUUAAAUUUGAACAUAUAAAACAAGAAUCUUGUAGUCAAUUGCGCAACAUGAUUGAUGUAACUAAUAAAAACAUACGUGCUUUGUUAACAUUAGGGCAGUCUUGUGAGCAUGGGGGUCUUGGAGAAACCCUUACAAUUUAUAUUAUGUCAGAAAAACUUGACAGAGCCACACGCAGGGAAUGGGAGGAAUAUAAAAAUAAUUUAGAUUCAUUUCCAACUUUAAAGGAAUAUAUUAAAUUUUUAAAUAACAGAGCUGACUUUUUGGACUCCUUAAAUUACAACAGAAACACCACAUUUUCAAAUAAUACAAACACUAAAUAUUCUAACGACUACAAUAAAUCAAAAACAUAUCAUACAAUAAUAACAAAACCUAAACCUACUUACAAUAAGGACGACAUUAAAUGUCCAGCAUGCUCUCAAAAUCAUUUUUUAUUUAGCUGUCAAACAUUCAGAAACUUAGAUAUUGAAUCAAGAUUUAAAAAGGCGAUAGAAAGCAAUGUUUGUUUAAAUUGCCUUCGACCUGGUCAUACAGCGAAGCGUUGCAGUUUAUCACAUUGCAAAUAUUGUAAAGUGAAACACAAUACCCUUUUACACAAGGAUUCAUCUACAGAACAACAGGCAGGACACAGUGUUGCGUUAUCUACCAAUGUUACUUUACCCUACUCAGAUACUAAUAACUUUACAAUUUUACUAUCCACAGCCUUGGCAAAGGUGUCCGAUGUCAAUGGUGAACUUCAUACUGUCAGACUCCUGUUGGACAACGGCAGCACCUCAAACUUCGUGACCCGAGAGCUCUGUGAGAAACUUGGCCUGACGCCUCCGAACGUGCUUAUGGCGCAUGUAUCUACAUGAGAACGAUAACAGUCGAUGGAAUAGUUUGCGUUCGCCUGUUAGCUUCAAAG